AUGCCUCCAAGCCCACCGCUUCGCCAUCUUGCAGCUUCUGAAACAAAACUCUCUCCCAAAUCUCACUUGAUCUCACGCGCGUCGUCACGUGGCACUUCAAAAGCUUCUUCAUCAUCAUCUUCAAACUCUUUCAUGAAGGUCAGACUCGGAAGAAAAGGUCCUAAUAAUAAUGAUCUUCGAGCAUGUUCUCAUCAUCACGAGAUGAACAUCGACGAGUCGUCUGUGAUGAGUCCGUACUACAGGGGUCUUCUUGAUCAAUCUCUCGCUAUCAACAACAAAGAUGAUGGUUUGCAGAAUCACCACCAUCAGUACAAUCUGAACAUUGGCCAUAAUAGCAACAAUAAUAGUACUGUGUUUUGGUCCAGAAAGAGUCCAUACUACAAAGGGCUUACAGAUUUCUCACUGGCUCUUCGUCGACGUGGAGGACAAGAAAACCUAGAAUCGCAUGACUAUGGGUGGAGAAAUCUUGAGGUUGAAGCAGCGUAUGAGUCUAGUCCGUAUUACAGAGGCCUUCUCACUGAUUAUUACUCUCUAGCAAUUCCUAAACUUGAUGAGCAUGGUGGUGUUGGACCUGUAAACUUGUCGUCCCUUGCGUUCCACAUGAACUUAGGUUUGUGCUUAGGGCGUAAGGAUGAGAUUUUGAAGAACGUCGUUCCCGAUGCGGCGGCGGCGGAGGAGGCGGAUUUGAGGGACUCCGGAAGACAGCGUGCUUUAUCGUCGUUCUUAUCACCCCCGGCACCGAUACCCUUACCGUCACCAUCGCUACCACUGCCGCCACCACCCCUGCCUAUGUUUCCAUCCGAAGGUAAGACUGCUCUGAGUAUGAACCUGAAAGUAGAAGAUGGGAAGUCUUUGGGGGAGAGAGAAUCAGAAGAAAGUGCAGAGGAAAAAGCUCAUGUGGAUUUGGAGAUUAAUAAUAAUAAGGAAGAGGACAUGACUAAUGAACAUGAUUUGGACAAUGAGGAGGAGAUAAACAAGAAGUCCUUGAGAGAGAGUGUUUCCAAUAAUAUUCCGGAACAAAGAAUAGUGUCUGCAAUAAUAUCAUCAGAAUCUUCAAGUAAUAAAGAUGUUCCUCAGGAGAUUAAGGAAGAAGAAGAAGCAAUAAGCUUGAAAGAAUUUGUUUGGGCCAACAAGUAUCAGCCGAAGGCAUUAUAUGAGUUUAUAUGCCACAAACAUAUUGUUGCUCAGCUGCUAACAAAGGUAAAAGAGGAGGCGAGUGCUUGUGAUAAUCAUUUUAUAUUUGAAGGACCACCUGGUGUAGGAAAGAGAACUAUGAUUCGAGCUCUGCUUCGAGAGCUUUUUGGCCAUGAAGGAGUUAAGGUGACUGAAGAAUAUAAAACAUUCACACCGAAGGAAGAAAUGAUCGGAAGCAUCCAAGUGCCGAUAAAGAAAUCAGCCCAUCAUGUAGAGGUCAAUCUCUCACAAACCAAGGGAUAUGAGAAGCAAGUGAUUGUUGAUUUGUUGAAAGAAACUUAUCAAACCAUUAUCCUGAACAAUUCUUUGCCUUGCACCCCAAAAAAUUGCCAAGCAAUAAUUAUAUACGAGGCCGAGAGACUGUCAACAGAAUUGUUGAUGUACAUAAAAUGGAUGCUGGAGAGAUAUAUCAAGGGUUGCAAUAAAGUCUUCUUUUGUUGUUCUGAUGAAUCAAAGCUCCAAAUUGUGAAACCUCUCUGCAACACCUUUCGUCUUUCUCCUCCUUCCACUCAAGAGAUCGUUGAGGUUUUGAAAUACAUAGGAAAAGAGGAAGGAAAAGAAUUGUCUCCAGAAUUCCUCGUGAAGGUUGUUGAGAAGUCCAAGAACAAUCUUCGCCAGGCCAUUCGUUCUUUGGAGGCCACUUGCCGCAACAAGGAUUCAAUCAAAGAAGACGAGUUAAUUUUAACUGGAUGGGAAGAUGACAUUGCAAAUGUCGCUAAGAACAUACUUCAAGAGCAAAGUUCAAAACAGCUAUACACGAUUCAUGUGAAGCUUCAAAGCCUCAUGAUUCACAAGGUUUCACCUGACUUUGUUUACAAGAAUUUGGUAUCAGAGCUCAAUUCUCUGGUGGAUGAAUCACUAAAACCAGGGCUUGAAAAACUAGAGAAGGAGUACAAUCAUAAUGUUUACGAAAUGAAAUUGAGAAGUGGGAAGCAUUCUGGUCAAGCUCACAACAAAGAAAGGGAAUUAUCUGAUGAAAGGAACAACGAACUACCAAAAAAGAAUAAUGCUCGCAGUUACUUAGAAGUUGAAGAGUUCAUAGCGAAAUUCAUGAGCUGGUACAAGAGUUCAUCUGCAAAAGGUGAUGAUACAUAAGUGCAACUUGAUGUGUUGGAGCAUUUGCA